CACAUGGCGCGCUUUUAUUCAAGCGUUUCCUAGCAACGAAAGAUGACCAGAGCAGAGGACACAAAAGGAGCAGCAACCUGUCUGACAGGAACUCCGUCUGUGGAGGAUCUACCAGGCAACAGAGUCCGGUCAGAAUUUAAAGAACUGACUUACAUGAUUUUUUGGAGGCACUGGGAUCUUCUCUAUGGCCGAAAGGGAACGCGGUUUAGCUCCUCUGGUGUUCAGAUUGCACGGAAGAGCCCCGCAGGUGGUACGUGAAGUGCUGCUGGAGCGCGGCUGGGAGGAGUAUGACGAAGAGGAGCGGGAGGAAGGAGACUGGAACCUCUAUUGGAGAGCCUCUGGCUUCCGAAAGUCUGACUACGAAAACAUCCUGCCAUGGCAGAGACUGAACCACCAUCCCAAAUUGAGCCAGAUUACGCGCAAGGACUGUCUGGCGCGACACUUGAGAAGAAUGAAGAUGGCUUUCGGCGCGACCCUGUACGGCUUCAGCCCUGCUGCUUUCAUCCUGCCAAACGAAUACGCAAAGUUUCUAGGGGUGUACACUGGGAAGCGCGUGAACGACAGAGGGAAGUCUCGCUACUGGAUCUGUAAGCCAGUCGACCUUUCGAGAGGAAGAGGUAUAUUUCUUUUUGAGGAUAUCAAGGACUUAGUCUAUGACUCUUCGGUGAUCGUGCAGAGAUACAUCAGCAACCCGCUUCUCAUUUCAGGCUACAAGUUCGAUCUACGCAUUUACGUUUGCGUAAAAAGCUUUUCUCCUCUUGUGAUUUACAUGCACCAGGAAGGCCUAGUGCGCUUUGCCACAGAAAAGUACACCCUCGCUUCUUUAGAGAGCCUCUACUCUCAUUUGACAAACACCAGCAUUAACAAGUUUGGGAUGUGCUACGCCACGGACAAAGAGCGAGUGGGUCGAGGAUGCAAGUGGACCAUGAGCAGAUUCCGUAGUUUUCUUCACAAACAGGAUAUCAACGAGCUUCUGCUGUGGCACGGGAUCAGCAACAUUGUUACGCUGACUCUGCUCGCCGCCGUUCCUUGCGCUCCCUCCAGCCCUAACUGUCUGGAGCUGCUGGGAUUCGACAUCCUCAUCGAUGCUAGCUACAAACCGUGGCUUCUAGAGGUCAACUACAGUCCUGCGCUUUCACUGGACUGCCCCGCUGAUGUAAGUGUCAAGAAAGGGCUGGUCAGUGAUAUCAUUGACCUGAUGAACUACGGGAUGAUUGACGGUUACAGACAGAAGGGAUACUGCAGGAAGAGAUCGGGUAGACGGUAUUUACGGCCAAAAAUCUCUCAGGGGUUUUUGCUGCCUAAAACUUUACGUGCAGCUCCUUUGAGCAGGAGCGAGUCGAUCUCAAGCUCUUCAAGUUCUCAAGACACUUCGGUAAAUGUUGGCGGUUGUAACAACGGCGGUUGUGCCACUUGGCCAUUUCACCCCGAAAAGGCUCCUCGGAAAUUUGAGGAAAUUAACGACGACGUGGAAUCCGACGGCCUGAAACGCGCAACACUUAACAGCGCGAGGCAAUCGCAGAGGAACGCGCCGUCUGCCGUAUGCAAGCUACCGUCUCUUCACGUACGCAAACUCAAAUCUCCAGCCGUCCCGCGGAGCAGCGCGACUCAAGACAGAGGCUUUCCUGCUUGUCGUGUAGGCGACUUCAUUCUGACGUUUCCUUUUAACGAGGCUACGUGGAAAGCCUCUCAGGACCAAGCGAAUGUUAAGGCUAUUGUGAACGAGGUUCAUAAACUCGCAAACCGACUGGCGUCUUCCCUGAAUGAAAAACGGAGGACGAAGAUGGAAAUCGGUCAGAGCGUUGGUGUCGGGGACAAAUUCGAGCCUCUGCUUUGGGGGCCAAAGGAUCCACCUCUUCUCAGCAAAUGCUGCUCCUUAAGUUCAGAAGUCAAGUAAAAUGUAUUUUGCU